AUGCCGGGGAUAGUGGAGCUGCCCACUCUGGAAGAGCUGAAAGUUCAGGAGCACCAACUAGUGGCACUUUACCUUAUGUCGCUUAAUACUCAAACCUCCCAGCGAAGAGGUGCUCUGAAUUUCUUCAGGCAGAUAAAGCGUCACUGUGCAGAGCCUUUUACAGAAUAUUGGACCUGCAUUGAUUAUUCUGGCCUGCAGUUAUUUCGUCACUGUCGCAAACAGCAGGCAAAGUUUGAUGAGUGUGUGCUGGACAAACUCGGCUGGGUGCGCCCUGACCUGGGAGAGCUGUCAAAGGUCACCAAAGUGAAAACAGAUCGACCUUUACCGGAGAAUCCCUAUCACUCAAGACCAAGACCAGAGCCUAACCCUGAGGUAGAAGGAGAUCUGAAGCCUGCCAAACAUGGCAGCCGCCUUUUUUUCUGGACCAUGUAG